AAUUUUUUUUCUUAACCUAAUUAAGGACAACAAAUCCUUCUGGUACUGACACCAACGCCAAGAAUUUUAAUUUGAAGUGCUUCUUAGCAUGCACAAACUAUAGAGCUUCCAUGGCACCUAAAGUUCUUCUCCUUAUUCUCCUAAAUACAUUUCUCUCUUCAGGAAUAAUAUUUUAUCCAGCAAAGGCACAAUCUUGGAUCAAAGCAGGUUACUGGUUUUAUAACAGCGGACUCCCUGUUUCAGAUAUCAAUUCUGCUCUCUAUACACACAUUAUCUGUGCUUUUGCUGAUCUCAAUUCCUGUUCUUACGAGCUCUCAGUCCCUCAUGUAAAAUCAUUCUCCAAUUUCGCAAACGUAGUCAAACUAAAAAACCCAUCAAUCACUACACUUCUCUCUAUUGGAGGUGAAAAUGCUGAUUAUUCUGAUUUCUCUUUGAUGGUAAGAAACUCAUCUUACAGGGCAUCUUUUAUUCAGUCCUCCAUAAAACUGUCCAGGCUUUAUGGGUUUGAUGGCCUUGACUUCGACUGGGGUUCUGCCAACACAAGCUCAAACAUGGUCAACAUGGGUACUCUAUUUCAAGAGUGGAGAGCUGCUAUUGCUUCUGAAACAAGAAACUCUAGCCAGUCUGAAUUGAUCUUAACAGCUGCUGUUCACUACACACCAAAUUGGCAUGAUACGAGUUUUCCAAAAGAGUCAGCAAGACAAAACUUGAAUUGGGUUCAUGUUUUGGCUUAUGACUACUAUGGGACUUGGGUUAACUCUACUGUUGCUUUUGCUGCUUUAUAUGAUCCUGCAAGUGAAAUUAGUACUGAUUAUGGUAUAGGGAGGUGGCUUAAUGGAGGAAUUCCUGCCAAUAAAUUAAUUUUGGGUUUGCCAUUUUACGGCUACGCUUGGACGCUUGAAAACCCAAGUGACAAUGGUGUUGGUGCACCUGCAACAGGGCCUGCAAUCACUGACGAUGGGUCAAUGGGCUAUAAGGAUGUCAAGAAUUACAUUAAAAGAUUUGGAGCUAAGAUAGUGUACAAUGCCACAUAUGUAGUGAAUUACUGCACAGUUGGGUCAACUUGGAUUGCUUUUGAUGACACUGAAGUCGUUAGAAUUAAGGUUUCUUAUGCAAAAGAGAAAGACCUUCUUGGUUAUGUUGUGUGGCAAAUCCCUUAUGAUGAUAAUUGGGUGCUUUCUCAAGCAGCAGCUCAAGUAGGUGACAAAAAACAUAAUGACCGACGAUCAUUGGUGAUCAUCUUAACUACAACUGCUGCAUUGGUUCUUCUUUUAGGCUGUGUGGCAUAUUAUGCAAAGUCGAUAACUCUCAACCGGAAAGGAAAACCAAAAGCAACGGCUGGAGAUUUUGGUUACAAAGUUCCUGAUCUGAUGAUUUAUAGUUAUGAUGAUAUCAAGGCGGCUACUGAUGAUUUUUCAAUUGAAAAUAAGCUUGGGGAGGGCGGAUAUGGUCCUGUAUACAAGGGUAUAUUGUCAGAUGGACAGGAAAUUGCUGUGAAGAAACUUUCUAAGACAUCUACACAAGGAUUUGAGGAGUUCAAAAAUGAGGUUACACUUACUGCAAGACUACAACAUGUGAAUCUCGUCAAAGUUUUGGGAUUUUGCAUUGACAGAGAUGAACAAAUGCUGAUCUAUGAAUACAUGCCCAACAAAAGCUUGGACCGCUACCUUUUCGAUCCCGUUCGACGAUAUUUGUUGGAUUGGGAAAAACGGGUUCAAAUCAUUGAAGGUGUUACUCAAGCUUUUCUGUAUCUCCAAGAGUACUCAAGAUUUACUAUCAUCCACCGAGACUUGAAGCCUAGCAAUAUUUUACUGGAUAAUGAAAUGAAGCCCAAGAUUUCUGAUUUCGGAAUGGCUAGAAUUUUUGCAAAAGAUGGACUUGAAGGAAACACCAGCAGGAUAGUGGGAACAUUUGGCUACGCUCCUCCUGAAUAUAUUAGGCAGGGGUUAUACUCAAGGAAAUCUGACGUUUACAGUUUCGGAAUUCUACUUCUACAACUAAUAAAUGGCAGGAGAAACGGAUGUUCUUAUGGUGUGAACGAAAAUUUGAGCCUUACUGAAUAUGCAUAUGAGCUUUGGUUAAAUGGCGAAGGCAUGGAGUUUAUGGAUUCGACAUUAGACGAUUCAGGUUCGUCAUGUAAAUUGAUUCGAUGCAUGCAAAUCGAUCUUCUAUGCGUACAAGAUGACCCAAAAGAAAGGCCGUCCAUGUUAGAAGUUUCGUCAAUGCUCCAAAAUGGAACGACACCAUUAGCAAUACCAAAAAAGCCUUCUUUCUCUGUAAAAGGAGAUAACGAAGAUCAGAAAAAAGAAACUGCACUGCACUUUGAAAUGUUUUCUGUUGAUGAUGCAACUAUUUCAACAGUCGGAGGCCGAGAAUAUUCUAGAGUAACAUGCUUGUCUAUAUAUGUAUCUGCGUUGGAAGUGAAUGAAAUACAACAAGUGAGUUACUGUGACAAUUCUCUCCUCCACUCCAAAAAACCUAACAGAGCUUGGGCGUUUGACUGGUGUUAUACAUCUCACAUUCCAUUGCUUAUGCCACAUGACCUUGUGAUGAAGUUUCCGUGUACACGACCUUUGUUUGUGUUUGUUAUAAUGUCUCAAUGCCCUGCUUCACUUUGCUUCCUCCCUUCAAUGACUCCCACAGCUCUUAUCGCCAUCCUCACCACCCUCAUCUGUAUCUCUUCUAAAGUAAAUUGUUCAAAUUCAUAUACUUGGAUUAAAGGUGGUUAUUGGUAUUAUACUUCUGAGCUUCCUGUAUCUGAAAUUGAUUCUACUCUGUUCACUCACCUUACAUGUUCUUUUGCUUUCGUAAACUCUUCCUCAUAUCAGAUCUUAAUCAAUUCCUCUGAUCAACAAUCCUUCUCUACCUUCACUGACACGGUGAAGCUCAAAAACCCAUCAAUCUUUACAAUCCUCUCGAUCUGGGUUGGCGAAGAAUAUUCUCCAAUUUUUUCUUCCAUGAUUAGCGAGUCUUCUUACAGGAAAUCCUUCAUUAAUUCUUCUAUCACAAUUUCUAGGUUAUAUGCAUUUCGAGGCCUCGAACUUCAUGGGGUUAAGCCAAAUAACAGUACCAACAUGACUAAUUUAGGAACCCUUUUGAGUGAAUGGAGAGAUGCUAUUGCUUCUGAGGCAAGUAGCUCUGGAAACUCAGACUUGAUCCUGGCAAUGGCUGGAUAUAACUUGCUGGAGAAAGAAUCGGUCAGUUAUCCAAUCGAAUCCAUGAUAAAAAACUUGGAUUGGACACAUGUCAUGGCAUAUGACUACUAUAUCCCAACCACAGAGAAUUACACAGGUUAUCAUGCAGCUUUAUAUGGACCAUCAAGCAGGGCUAGUGCAAAUGAUAGUAUGAUGGAGUGGAUAAGUAGAGGAAUUUCAGCUAACAAGCUGGUUUUGGGUUUGCCUUUCCACGGCUAUGGUUGGUCACUAGUGAAUCCUCAAGAUAAUGAUGUUGGCGUACCAGCAUCCGGUCCGGCCAUAACUUUGGAUGGCUCAAUGGGCUACAAGUUAAUCAAAUCGCAAAUCGAAACCAACGGUUAUGGUGUUGUUUCUGUAUACAAUAGUACAUAUGUAGUGAAUCUUGUCAAAUUCGGUAACAAUUGGGUCAACUUUGAUGAUGUUGAGGCUAUUAGAGCAAAGAUUGGUUAUGCAAAGGAGAGGAGGCUUCUUGGCUACAAUGCCUUUCAGCUCUCCAACGAUGACAAUUGGGUGCUUUCUCGAGUAGCAGGUGAUAUAGGAGAUGCUGAUCAUAAAGGAAGGAGAAGAUUGCCGAUCAUCGUGGCAGCUUCUGUAGUCAUGGCAAUCCUCUUACUGGGCAUAAUGCUCUGCUGUUACUUGCAAAGACGAGUGUUCAAAUCAAAAGGCAUCACAGAUAGGUUGAAAAUAUCAGUAUCCAAGUUACAAGGCAAAAUACCAGCUACUGAGUAUCAUGAGAAGAAUGCUCCCAGUUUGCAAGCAUUCAGCUUUGCCAUCAUUAAAGCAGCCACAAAUAAUUUUUCAAACGAAAAUAAGCUUGGAGGAGGAGGAUUUGGACCUGUAUACAAGGGGAGAUUACCAAGGGGACAAGAAAUCGCGGUAAAGAGGCUCUCAAAAACUUCAACUCAAGGAUUGGAGGAGUUCAAAAAUGAGGUUACACUUACUGCGAGACUUGAACAUGUGAAUCUUGUUAGAGUUCUUGGAUUCUGUACAGAGAAUGAUGAAAAAAUGCUGGUUUACAAGUACAUGCCCAACAAAAGCUUGGAUUUCUAUCUCUUUGAUCCAAUCAAACGGUAUCAGCUGGAUUGGAGAAAGCGAGUGCACAUCAUUCAAGGGGUUACUCAAGGCCUCUUAUAUCUCCAAGAGUACUCAAACUUUACAAUAAUUCAUAGAGAUAUAAAGGCUAGCAAUAUUUUGUUGGAUAAUGAGUUGAACCCCAAGAUAUCAGAUUUUGGCUUGGCUAGACUUUUCAAAAAAGACGAACGUGAAGCAAACGCUGGUCGAAUUGUUGGAACGUAUGGCUAUGUACCUCCUGAAUAUGUAAGAAAAGGUAUAUACUCUAUGAAAUACGAUGUCUAUAGCUUUGGAGUUCUGCUUCUGCAAAUCAUAAGCGGCAAGAGGAAUGCGUGCAUAUACGGCCCAUAUGAGAAUCUUCAUCUUCUUGAAUACGCAUAUGAGUUGUGGAUAGACGGUGCAGGAAUGGAGUUCAUCUAUCCAGCACUGGACGAUUCACAUUCAACUUGUAAGCUCAUUCGAUGCAUGCAAGUAGCUCUGCUGUGUGUACAAGAAAACCCAGUGGACAGACCAUCCAUGUUGGAAGUCUUUUCAAUGCUCAAGAAUGAAACCCCAGCCGUCGUGACUCCUAAACAUCCUACCUUCUCAAAGAAAAAUGAUGAAGAUGAGGAAUGCGAACCAAUAUUGAAGGAAAGAAUUUGUUCAGUCAAUGAUAUGACAAUUUCCCAAGAUGUUCCAAGAUGAGGAAACGUGUAUAUUUAUUUUAUGUAACAUUUGCUUCUUUUGUUUAGUGUACGGGAUUAUUUUUGUAAUUUUAACGUGUCAUUAGCAUAAAAAAAAAAGAUGUGUAAAUAUGUAAAUAAGUAUAUCUCCUCCAUCCGCGUAGCGUUCCUGCCAGUGCCAUCUUCCUCGAUGAGAGAAUGCGCGCUCCAACUGGUCAUGAAUCUACAGCCAUCUCUCCAUGUCUCUCCUCUCGAUCAAAAGAUAGUGUCGAGCUCUUCCAAUAUUCGAUCAUGAGCGAGUGUCUGAUCCGGUCUUACUGGUGGUUUAUGAUCUUUGUGUCUUUGGUUGGAUACGGUUUUGCUUGGUACACCCAUUUCUUUGUGGAAGGGAAUGCUCCUGACAGUUUGGGCAUUCGUUUUGGUCUCUUUUGUGUGAUUUCAUUUUCAGGGUGUUUGGAUUGAUGCUUACUUGCCAAACGGAUAGAGAGAUCAAGGGGGCUUGGGAAAAGGCCUGUGUUGCUGGUUUUCUGAUUAUGAUGUAAGUAGUUUCUGCUCCCCUUGUGAUAUCUAAUAUGGAUUUGGUUCUUUUUGUACUCAUAACUAAUUUGUGCUACCCAACUAUGUCUUUUUUAUUUUGAUGAAGUAUGAUUCUUUGAGUAAA